AUGGACCCGGUACUCAAACGUCGCCGUACUCUAGCUCUGACUGCCGGCGUAACCGUCAUCACCGUCUCCGGAGCCCUCAUUGGCGCCACGUUGAAAUCAGGCCAGCAGAUCAGUGUGCAUGAGGAACGGAAGAAGAAACAGGGAACCGGCGAGCUGAAUGUAGAGCAGCAAAUCGCGCUUUUGGAGACCACGAAGGUACAAUUAGCGAUGCAGAGGGCAGCUCUGGAGAACAAGAUUGCAGAGGUAAAGGAGAAAGCCAACAGGAGGGAGGAAUUAGAAAGGGUGAGGAUGGAAAAGAUGAAGAAAUUGGGAAGUGGAACAGCGGUGAAGUGA